UACGACACAUUUAAAAUCCAUAUAAGUGUAAUACAGAAUAAUAAUAAGUAGGUUUUUAUACUUAUUAUUAGCGGCAUAAAAAUGUUAGUUACUCCUACUAUUUUCAAAACAAAUCGGCGACUGCUGAGGCUUCUACUAAGAUAUCAGCAUAAAUUAAAGAAGCCUAUUGAUGAAAAACCCUCAAGCCCCAUAUCUCAAGAAGUCAAAAACUAUUUGGAAAGUUCGGAAGAUUAUAAGGAGAUUUUGGACAAAAUACCAAAACACCUUUUGAAAAAGUAUAAAGCCCCUGAAACAAUGUAUUUAAUAAACAAAAAAACAGCAGCACAGAUAGUUAGCAAUAUAAAUAAUAAGAUAGAGAAAAAUUCUCCCAUUGUAGAAGUAAAUCCAGGUUUUGGCUACCUGACUAAAGAGUUAUUGAGUGCACACAACAAUAACUUAUUUCUGUAUGAGGUUUCAAAUCACUUUACUAAAGGACUUGAGGAAAUUCAAGCCAGCCACCCUGAAAGAGUGUCAUUUAAGUUGGAUGAUUUCUUUGGAAUGUGGAAACUAGCAUUUCAGGACAAAAUGGAUGAUGGAAAUAGAAUCAGCGACCUCCUGGGAGACUUGGCUACAGAUGAUAAGGAUAGAAAGUUGAGUAUUGUGGGCGCGAUGCCAAGUCUGUCGUUUGUGAAGCAUUUGAUCAACACAAUAGUGUUCCACAACACCACAAGUCAGCUUGGCAAACCUGACCUGUUUAUUGUGAUGCCAGGACAACAUUACGAGUUUCUGACAGAUGCGACAAUACAACUGAGUAAACAUAAGUCAGUGCCAGCUCUGUUCCAACUUCUGUUUGACUUCACAGUGCUGGACAAAGUACCCAAGGUGCAUUUCCUGCCGUGGACACACAGUACAGCUACAAAAAAAUCAAAUGUGAUAGACGAGAAUUGCAUGUAUCUCGUGAAUAUAAAGCUGAAGGACACCCUGCCCUGCCCGCCGCACCACCUGCCGCUGCUGUGGUACUUCUUCAAGCCGCACACCUUCUCCAAUUCUACCAGAGUUAUACCGAAACUCGAACAAUGGAUCCCGGGCUGCGGCGUGCGGCUGAUCACGGGCCAGGAGCCCCCCGCCGACCUCACCCCCGCGCCCGCGCCCCUCCCCCACAUGAAUAUCUUCACGCAGUUCAGUGACCUCACGCUGCACCAUAAACUGACAGUGUUCAGGAGAUUCGUGUCGUGGCCGGAGUUCGAGCAGUGCGGGUUCCGGUCGGCGAUGGAGAACAGCCUGCCCAAGUUCGCCACGCAGCUCGACGACGAGCGCGCGCCGCAUCUAGACGACGUCGACGAAGAGUUAGACGACGUGUGAUGGUGUCGGCAGUCGAGGUGGAAGCCAUAUUGACGUCAUCGAUGCGAAAUUAAAUAACGCUGGUGCUGAUAUAUUAUCGUAAUGGCUGCGCUGCAAUAUAUGUAAUAUGUAGAUAAUUUUAGUAUUUAGUUCGUAGGUAUUUAGUAUAGAUUAUCAUAAAAUAUUAUGUAUGUAAAUCUUCGCAGCGUUGACGCUGUGACCACGAAGCAAUGUGGCUUCGCUCCAUGUUUUUAAAAUCGUUAAAACUAUUUUGUACGUGUAAAUAAACAUUAGCUACAAAAA